AUGCUAAUGAAUGAUAUGGUAGAUCAAGUUUGGGCUGUUACCAAAUUUUUUUUCACAAUAUAUCAAUAUUGUUGUUAUACUCUGAUCGUAGCGUUAUCUGGUCCUUUAUUGUCACUAUAUUUAGCAGACUUUGUCCUAUACGCUUUCAGGCUAUCAUGGUAUUUAAUAGCUAAAAGCAUGAUUCAUCAUAAGAAGGUUGAAGCAGGAAUGAGAAAGGUUCCUCUAGUACAAAUUGAAAAAAAGCAUGAUGGUAUUGUAAAAAAAGAAGACGACACUAUCAAGGAAGAAGAAGAAGAAGAACAUGAAAGGAAUGAAGUCGAUGAUGGGAAAGAUAAUCAUGCAAUUGAUAAAGAUUACGUAAUGACAAGUGUUGAUGAAGGCAAUGACAGUGACUCUUCCACCACUCCUGUAACUACUACCAGAAGUGAUAUGGAUAUUAAAGAACUAUCAAAGGUCUCUGAAAAAAAUCCAAGCACUCCAUCAAUUUCUAAUUCGACUACCAGUGUUGAAACCAAUGGUACAGGACGUUCAUAUUCGUUAAGAGAAUUAUUCUUAGGCUCAAAAGGUAAUACUACUGCUACUGAAAAUAAAGAGGAAACUUUGAUAAAAAGAAGACAUUCUGUAAGUGAAAGUAGUACUACCACUACUACUACCACAUCAACUACCACUACUACUACAGCUGGAACCAAAAGUGUAACGAUAUCGCUGGCUCGAUCUGAAUUACAAACACACAUGCAUUCAAGUAACUAA